AUAAGGUCUGCUGCGUAUACUUGGACUCGGAGUUACUCCAUCGGAAGUACGGAAAUAAGGAAUAAAUGGGUGUUGAAAAGAGUCCCACACUGUCCCCGCAUUGAUUUCAUGAAUUGAAUCUCACCCGCAAGAUCCGAGGUGGGACACGGAAGCCCAUCCCGAUACCCCAAUAAAUAGGGAUUUGAAUCCAGCGUCCGAACUGUCUUUGGCCCUCAUUUUCAACAAAUACAAUUCAAACCGUCAAAAUGUCCUGGACACACCUUAUCCGCUUCAUUGCCGUCGAAGAUAGCCAAGAGCAUCUUGGCCAGUUAGUCGACACAACUCGCGACAUUGGCAAAGAUAGCGUCAAUGGCGUGAACAUCGCGGCGUAUCUUAUCGAUGGGACGAUCUUUGACGGGCGCGUAUCCACGACCGUGAUGCACGUUAAGCAGCUUCUCUCCCCAAUCACCAAAGAACAAUGCAGUUACAUCCGUUGUCUGGGUCUGAACUAUCUCGACCACGCCAGAGAAGCCAACAUGGCGCUCCCCACGGUUCCCGUUAUGUUCACUAAGCCCCGCACUGCAUUGGCCAACCCGUACCCCGCUACGAUUAAUAUCCCUAAGUGCGCCCAAGAUGAAACGAGUGAUUACGAGGCAGAACUCUGUGUCGUGAUUGGGAAGACAGGCCGUGAUAUCCCGGAAGAGGAAGCGCUGGAUUAUGUUCUGGGUUAUACAGCGUCUAACGACGUUUCGGCAAGGGCACUGCAAUUCGCGACUUCGCAGUGGUCGUUUUCUAAGGGCCUGGAUGGGAGUUGCCCUGUCGGACCCGUCCUCGUCUCAUCUUCUGUCAUCAAGGACCCGCAGACGUUGUUCAUUAAGGCGAUCCAUAAUGGGAAUGUCCUGCAGAAUGGCCAUACGAAGGAAAUGCUGUUUUCGAUCAAGAAGCAGAUCUCCUAUCUGUCUCAGGGCACGACGCUGGAAGCAGGCACAAUUUUUCUGACAGGAACUCCGGCUGGAAUUGGAUUCACCCGGGAACCCAGAAUUGUGCUGAAGGAUGGCGAUGAGAUCAAUGUCGAAAUUGAAAACAUUGGCACGUUGGUCAACAAGGUGCGGUACGAAUAGAUAGCGUUGCUUAUAUAGAAAAGAAUAUUCAUUUGC